AUGAUGUUACCUUUUUCUUUUUCCGAUGUAUAUUUCGACAUCUUAAUAAGCACUAUAGCAAACCUAAAUGAAAUGUCAAAUAGCAGAGAUAGUCAUGAAUCUUUAACAUCAUUAGACUCAUCGUCUUCUUUGGCAUCUUCAAGGGUUUCUCCAACACAUGUUGAUGCCCCUAUACCUCUACAAGAUUUAAACCAGCAAAACGAUGACGAAGAAUUGCAAGAUGAUGAUAAAGAUAACAAUAUAGCCAACGCAUAUUUCCCUGAUGGGGAUGAACGAAAUCUUAUACAUUCAAUUAUGGAUGAAAAAACUGAAACUAAACCCACAUUGUGGAGAAAAUUUCUCGAUAUAAUAUGGCCAAACUACAUUUUGAAACAUUUGGAUUACGCCUCAUUCAAAACAGUUUGUCGGAGUUGGUGCCAUGUUUGGUCCUGUGCUGUUUUAACCAUCGUACCCCGAACUUGUCAUUGGCUUGGGAAUGCAGCAUACUUGAUUGUGGUGUUGGGGUUUCUUUCGAUAUCUGGAGGGUCGUCGAUCAUCAUGAACCUCUUGGCUAGUUGUGCCGGAAUUUUUGGAAUGAUGGUUGCAUUUAUUCAUCAUGUUGUGAGAUCAAAAAUAAUAAACGAUAUAAACCACGGAAUAACGUCACAGGAGUUGGCUCAACAACUCAUACAGGAGGGUAGUUGUCAAAUGAAUGAUCAAUUACAAGCUUGUAUUUCGGAACAAAUUUUUACCGGAAGAUACAUUACUACCAAAGCUGCUGCAGUCAGUAUCCUAUCGCUUAUAUCUUUUACGUUUAUUGUUGGGAAUAUUCGACAACAUUCACACCCGUUAUGGGCUUUAGCUUAUGUUGGUGGACAAUUUGGAAAUUGUAUUUUAACCUGUUAUGGCCAUUUUUCACCGUUAUAUCAGCCGUUGGAAAUAGGGCAUAUUGUCCUAAAACCAUUUGGAUUGUCAUUAGUGGCUAAAGUUCUCUCCUCAUUAAUUGUCUAUCCCAGCACAUCAAAUUGGAUGUUUUUCCAAGGAAGUAUAAAGUUUAUGACGCAGUUACAAAAGGCAAUGGACGGCAACACAAAGAUGUUUAAGACAUUGAAACCUUCAGCUCCAAAUUUUUCCAACUACAAGGCGUACAAGAAAGAUAUCACCAAGUUGAGAAGUUCAAUGGCGCCUGCAGAAAAUGUGGCCUCUACUAUUUGGUUAGAGUAUUCUUACGGUAGAUUUGAUGUUGGUGAUGUUGGUGAAUUUAGAUCACUAUUGAAGAAUUUAAUUAGUUCCAGUGCAAGUUAUGCUUAUUUUUAUCAACUAUUACAAGAAAGGACAUUUUAUGCCAAAGAUGAUUUUGCAAUUGUUAGGAAACAAUCAAAUGCUUCAUCACAUUUAGCCCAUGGGCAUGCAAAAUUGUUCAGCGCCAUUCAAGAUUCAUAUAAAAAGGUGGGCAAAUAUGAAUCUGAAAAACGAAUGAAAGUAUUGAGAAAUAGAAUUGCCAUACAUGGUGCUGGAAACCGAAUGACAUUGGGUGGGAUUGACGAAGUGGCCAAGUUUAUGUCCAAACAUUUCACUCCAUUACUAGAAAGUGCAAACUUGGGCAUCCAAAUUGCUAUUGAAUGGUUAGAAGCUGCAAAUGAUUUUCGGGUGUAUGCAUGGCUACCAGGGAAAUGGAAUAUUCAUGUACUGAAGCAAAAGGAAAUGAAUGAAAAAGUUUUUAAAGCUAGAGCCAUAUUAAGGGAUCUGUUGCAUAAGUUUGAAGAUGUCGAGACAAUGAAGAAAAUGAUGGUGGAUUCAACCAAAAGUGAAAAUGAAAUGCUUUUUUUAAUUAGUCAAGGUGUUUUGUUUUUGGAAAUAGCAAAGCAACAGUGUGAAAAUAUUUUGAAAAUCCUCGACUUGUGUUUGGACUUGGAUGAAAGAAGGCCAGAACCCAAGUUUAUAACUUUUUUCACCAAAACUCGGUAUUCUAAACCAAGACAUUUAUCAAGUGACAUGGAUAAGCCAAUGCCCGAUUAUCUAGCUAGUGAUAUUCAAGAACGAGAUGCUGAUAAUUUGCCACCAGCAAAUGCGAUGCAGUUUUUCGGUCUAUAUUUCACAAAAUUGUAUUCGUUUUUCAUCAGUAACAAGUUUUGGUUCUGGAUAAAAGCUGGUGGAUUAAUAACUAUUGGGGCAAUACCAUAUUUUGUGCGAACGACAGCAAGUUUCUAUUAUCAUCACAGAAUGGUGUGGUUGGUCAUUAUGAUCGCAGUUUCAAUUAGUGAAAACACCGGUUCAACAAUUUAUGUCUUUUGUGCCAAAUUGGUGUAUACAUUUUUUGGUGCAAUUGUUGGAAUGGCUGGUUGGUAUAUUGCCUGUGGUAAGGGUAAUGGAAAUUAUUACGGAUAUGGAGCUGUAAGUGCAGUAUUGUUUGUUUAUUUUGUUUAUUUUAGACAUUUUUCGGUGCAUCAAACAUUAUUGCCACAAACUUUGUUUGCUGUGACAGCAGAGUUGGUGAUGGGUUCGUCUUGGGUAGAUGCCAAAUUAUAUCCCAUGACAAAUGUAAAGUAUGGUUUUGAACCAGCUUAUCUUCGGUUUAUUGGUGUUACGAUUGGAUUGUGUAUUGGAUCGUUAGCAGCAAUUAUCCCCAGUCCUGUUUCGUCGAAGGCAUUGGUUCGAGGAAUAUUGGCAGAUGGACUUUCAGAGGUUGGGAAUAUUCAUUGUUCUGUAACAAAAUUUGCUUUGAAAAGAGCAGUCGAUCCUCAUUUUCAUACUGAGCCAAGACAUGAUAUACUCCUAGCUAAAUUCAGAUACUUGUUGUUGAAAGUUGCUCGGUUGUCAACUUUGUUAGUUCCCUUAAAGUUUGAAUUGCCUAUUGCCGGGUAUUGGCCCGAGUCCAAGUAUUUGAGACUACAGGGCUUGAUUACCGAUGUUACUCAACUUUACUUAAUGCUAUUAGUGGCAUUUAACGAGCUCGAAGAUCCUGUACAUUGGUUACCAACAAUUUUCCGGAGGAUUGGUUUUUGCUAUGCUGAGUUAGAAGCAGAUAUUUUUGCUACCAUCCACAUGGCGGCUGACGCAUUGAGAACUAAGGAAGCAUUACCCAAGAUAACCGACGCUAAUAUAUCGGUCAAACAUAUGGAACUCUUAAGAAAACAAUGGGGUAUUGAAAAGAUAUCAUUAAGUGAAAGAUUUUAUAGUAGAAUGAAGAAAACAUGCACCCCCGAAAAUGGUCAUGAGGAAAUCACAAAGGAGUUGGAUUACGAUAAAUUUUUCAGCAACGAUGGGAAACUAAACAUAGUUUCAUUGUUGGUGGCACAUAUGAUAUACAAUCGAUUAGACGAGAUAAUCAUUGUUGUCAAGGGGUUAGUGGGAGAGAUUUACGAUUUAGAUGAGAAUGUUUUAAUUGCAGAGGAAGAAGUUAAUGACGAUGAGGAAGACCAACCAUAUGCAUGGCUUCUGGAGGAGGAUGACGAAAACGAUUUACUAAUACAGAAAUAA